AUGGCGCCCACUAUACACCCGACGGGCGACGAUGACAGCCCUUCCAACCAGAUCCCCCUUCAGGAUCUCUCGAGCAUGGACGGCUCCGCCGGCGAGCACGGACGAGGGCGCGCCCGCAGCUUGGGACGCAACAUCUUCCGGCGAUCCUUGAUCCGCGGCGGGUCGCGCAGACAGUCCUGGAGGCAGUCCCGCAGCCAAUAUCACAGCGUGUCGGAAGAGUCCCCGGUGGACAUGGUCGCGACAAACAGGGCGCCCUUCCAGCAACCCUCCCAUGUUUCGACGGAGGCCGACAUCGACCCCGGCGCCCUUGCGCAAGCCAUGUCCUUUGGGAUCAGUUUCGAUGACCCAUUCACCCCCAUGACUGGCCCCUCCUCGGCUCAUGACAGAGACGAUACCGAGACCGUGUCCGACCUCGAUACCAUCCCGUUGGACGGCUAUGGCCCCCACGCCUCCGUGGGCUAUCUGCCACCCCAUAUAGAAGAGGACGACACCACACGAUUGACGGACCCUCGUCACAUCCAACCGAUCAGUGGCGCCGCCGAAUCAGAAGCACAAGGGCCGCAAAGGAGGGCCACGGCCGGUCACUCGGCUCACUUCGCCGACGGCGCACGACUCGGCGAUGAUCUCCCUCACGUUGAGAAUGGACUGGCACGGCGCUAUGGCAGCAGCGCCCGGACUCGUUCCCUCUCGCCUUCGACCUCCGGAGGCGCGCUACAGAGAGCCAGUUCGAUGGUGAAAUCCAUGUCACAACGAGUGGUCAACUUGAGUAAUGAACCAGAAGUUGUGCAACAGUCAAUUGAGCGGGAGGAGUCUCAUAAAAACUCGCGGUUGGAAGGGCCUCCGGUGUUACCGGCAAUGAUGGACUAUGCGCAUGAUGCCUCUCCUCCGUUGCCCCCACGAGAGAAGCGGGCGUCGGACACGCUAUGGAGGGUCCAAAACAACCCUUUCCGAGGCCGCUCGCUGGGUAUCUUGGGCCCGAAUAACGCUCUUCGAUUGUGGUUAUGUGACAUUCUCGUCCACCCGGUUAUGGAACCGUUCAUUCUGUUCAUCAUCGUGAUCCAGACCAUUCUACUGAUUGUGGAAUCCUCGAAUUCUGUCUUCAACCGCCCGGUGGCGGUAAAAUGGGGUAGCUCUAAACUAGAUUAUGUCUUCUUCGUCAUCUUCGCCAUCUAUACCCUGGAAAUCAUCGCCAAGAUUCUGGUGUCGGGAUUUAUCUUCAACCCCAGGGAGUAUAGCACCCUCAACCGGUCUUUAGGACUCCAGAAAGCCAUUGCGGAGAAGGGCAGGAACCUGAUUACCCCUCAUCGGCACAUGACGACGAAAAAAGUGUCGUUUAUGACGCAGGAACCGCAGGCUUCUAUUUUACGGCAGUUCACCGGCAUGAAUGAACUGGACCCGAUCGCGGAGAAUGAUCCUCUCCACAAACGUCGCGUUCGACUCGCCCACCGCGCCUUUUUGCGACAUUCUUUCAAUCGACUGGAUUUCGUAGCCCUCGUCUCCUUCUGGAUUUCCUUCAUUCUCUCCUUGGAGGGCGUGGAGGUAGCACAUCAGCUUUAUAUCUUCCGCAUGCUAAGCUGUCUUCGAAUCCUCCGUCUUCUCGCUCUUACCAAUGGCACAUCUGUUAUUCUUCGAAGCUUGAAACGUGCCGCCCCUCUUCUUGUUCAUGUGGCGUUUCUCAUCGGUUUCUUCUGGCUCCUUUUUGCGAUCGUGGGCAUCCAAAGCUUCAAGUCUAGUUUCCGACGGACUUGUCUUUGGGUUGACCCAGAAGGGGUGAGCAACUAUACAUCGAACGAUGCAUAUGGUACUCUUCAGUUCUGCGGAGGCUAUCUCCAUAAUGUGACGGGAGAGAAAAUGCCCUGGCUGGAUUCAUCGGGCAAUCCGUCGGAUAGCAAUGCUAAAGGCUAUCUUUGCCCCCAAGGCUCUCUGUGCGUUGAAGGGACAAACCCUUACGGUGGAACCGUGAGCUUCGAUAAUAUUUUUCAGUCGUUAGAGCUUGUCUUUGUCAUCAUGAGUUCAAACACCUUCACCGAUCUCCUUUAUUAUACCACCGACAGCGACUACCUCUCAACAGCGCUUUUUUUCGCCUUCGGCUUGGUCAUUUUGAGCUUAUGGCUGGUCAACUUGUUAGUGGCGGUCAUCACCCAUUCUUUCCAGGUUAUUCGCGAAGAGAGCAAGCGCAGUGCUUUUGCUGUACAACAGAUUGAUGAAGUUGAGGAAGACGAGACAUCAGCCCGAAAGAUCAGUGCUCUGAAACGCGUCUACGACAAAACUGAGUGGCUUUGGGUUUGUCUUAUCAGCUUCAGCUUGAUUGUCCAAGCCCUUAGGAGCGCCUCCAUGUCAGACGACCGGGCUCGAUUUAUUGACAACACAGAACUUGCCAUUACUCUUGUUUUUCUGGUCGAAAUAAUAUUGCGAUUCGCGUCUGACUGGCGUGUAUUCCAUCGGAAGCGUCGUAACUGGUUUGACCUCUUACUAGUCAUCAUAACCUGCACUAUCCAAAUACCCCCCAUCAAGAAUUCGGGCCGUGCCUACACUGUCCUCACUCUAUUUCAAAUUCUCCGAGUCUACCGAGUUGUGCUUGCAUUUUCCGUGACUCGAAAGCUGAUCAUGGUGGUUUUUCGGAAUGUCGUCGGUCUGCUCAACCUGAUAUUCUUCUUGUUCUUGAUGACAUUCCUGGCUGCCAUUUUCGCAACUCAGCUAUUCCGAAGCCAGAUUCCUCAGGAAGACCCGGAUGGUAAUUCUAUCAGUAUCACAUUUGCUGAUAUCUAUAACUCAUUUCUGGGGAUGUAUCAAAUCCUGUCAAGUGAAAACUGGACCGAUAUUCUGUACAACGCCACUAAAUACACCGUGCAUUUCAAUACUGGAUGGAUUUCCGCCGCAUUCAUUAUUCUCUGGUUCAUUGUCGCCAAUUUCAUUGUCCUGAACAUGUUUAUUGCUGUCAUUCAGGAAAGUUUUGAUGUCUCGGAAGAUGAGAAACGAUUGCAACAGGUCAGGGCAUUUUUGGAACAGAAACAUGUCGGCGGUAAUACGCAGGGCAACCUUGCCCUCACAAAGAUUCUUCGACUUGGCCGGGACUCGCAACGGUACAAGGAUCCAUUGGACCAUGGGCCUGCCGCACUGGAGAUGUUACUGAAGGGUGCGGUGGUCCGUGAAUUCCUCGAUGAAGAUGAAGCGGCGGCACGGCAGACUGACAAUGAAAGUCCACGUCGAGAGCCCACGUCUGCAGCUGAAGCUGGUAUUCAAGGGGGUGUUCAGCCCGGGUUGACCUCUCGACUCUACACUAAAGUCACUUCCUUAAUAAUGGGUCGAGAACCAAAUCCAUUCUACUCAAAGCUGCAGUUCUCUCGGGCUUACGAAGAUCUGGAUCCUCGAACCAUGGCGAGAGAAGUGGUGUCUGCUGCUGAAAACAGAAAGAGAGCGCAGCGAGAAUAUCUGGUCAAACAUCCCACUUAUAACAAAGCUCUCUAUAUCUUCUCGCCUCAACACCCUCUUCGCAAAUUCUGUCAGCGGAUUGUUGGACCCGGACGAGGCAAUCAGCGAGUCGAAGGUGUAGAUCCGUACAAGCCACUGUGGUAUGCCUUCUCGGCAUUCAUUUAUGCCGCCAUCGUGGCUAUGGUGCUGCUAGCCUGUAUCACGACUCCAAUCUACCAACGACAAUAUUUUCGAACAAAUCGCAAUUGGUUCGUGUAUACUGAUAUGGGAUUUGCCAUUAUUUUCACAGUCGAAGCAGCUAUCAAAGUCAUUGCCGACGGAUUUUUCUGGACCCCGAAUGCGUAUUUCCGAAGCUCGUGGGGAUUCAUUGACGGAAUUGUGUUGGUCACUCUCUGGAUUAAUGUUGGCAGUUCCCUGAAGAAAGAUUGGAACGUUUCGCGAGCUAUCGGUGCCUUCAAAGCUCUGAGAGCCCUGCGUUUACUUAAUGUCUCCGACAGCGCCAAGGACACUUUCCACUCAGUCAUCAUUGUUGGAGGAUGGAAGGUCAUUGCUGCCGCGGCUGUCUCUUUGAGUUUCUUGAUCCCAUUUGCCAUCUACGGCGUCAACCUCUUCAAUGGGCAGAUGGUCGAGUGCAACGAUGGUAGUUUCGUGGGCAAUCUGACUGCCUGUGUCAACGAGUAUGCCAGCUCCCCUUACAACUGGGACGUACUUGCCCCCGAGUUGCUUCCAAUCCUUACUACGACUUCGAUGAUUUUGAUCGUAUCUCAAGAAGGUUGGAUCGACGUCCAAGACAGCGCGAUGAAAAUCACCGGGAAGGGGUUGCAGCCGCAGGAUGGUAAUGCGCCAGAGAAUGGACUGUUCUUCGUCGUCUUCAAUCUGCUCGGCGCUGUGUUCGUCCUGACCCUGUUUGUAUCUGUCUUCAUGCGUAACUACACGGAGCAAACCGGUGUUGCCUUCUUGACUGCUGAACAACGUUCGUGGUUGGAACUGCGGAAGCUACUUCGCCAGAUUUCUCCUUCAAAGCGGUCAUUCGAUGAGAAGAGCACGAAAUGGCGACUGUGGUGCUAUCGAAUUGCAGUCAAGAAACAUGGCCGAUGGGCACAAUUUGUGACCAGCGUUCUUGUCGUGCAUCUUCUCCUCCUAGUGUUGGAAUAUUACCCCGAACCCGAUUGGUGGGAGAAGACUCGAACGAUCUUAUUCUUCAUUUUCAUGUUUGUAUAUAUCACGAAUGUGUUGAUUCGACUCAUCGGUCUCGGUUGGCAUCGGUUCACACGGAGUUCUUGGGAUCUGUACUCCCUACUCGUGGUGCCAGGCGCAUUCAUUACGAUUAUUCUGGACAUGUCCUAUUCGACUCAGGUUGUGCUCGAGUUGAACAAGCUCUUCCUUGUCUCAAUCGCACUCUUGCUCAUUCCACGAAACAACCAGCUGGACCAGCUCUUCAAGACAGCCGCCGCCAGUAUUCCCGUCAUUGGAAACUUGCUUGCUACGUGGUUUGUGCUGUUCCUGGUAUUUGGCAUCGCUAUGAACCAAGCCUUUGGUCUGACAAAGUUCGGCGAUAAUGAGAACCAUAACCUUAACUUCCGUGAUGUUCCCAAAUCUCUGAUUCUUCUCUUCCGUGCCAGCUGUGGUGAGGGAUGGAACGAACUUAUGGAGGAUUUCGCCACCAUGGCGCCCCCACUGUGCACCUACGACUCUAAUUUCCUCGACGACGACUGCGGUGGAGCUGCCUGGGCUCGAACUCUAUUCAUCUUGUGGAACAUCAUCAGCAUGUAUAUCUUUGUGUCGCUGUUCGUUUCGCUGAUUUUCGAGAGUUUUUCGUACGUCUACCAGCGAAGCAGUGGACUGUAUGCGCUCAGUCGCGAAGAGAUCCGUCGCUUUAAGCAGGCUUGGGCGACGUGGGAUCCCGAUGGAAAGGGAUACAUCCUCAAGGAACAUUUCCCGCGACUCCUCGGAGAACUUUCUGGUAUCUUCACCAUGCGAAUCUACGAAGGGGAAUUUACCGUCGGAGCAAUUUUAGACCAGUGUCGUGAUAGAGACCGGGAGUCGGUGUAUUCAUUGCCCUCCGUGCACGGUACGAGCACUUUGCGCCCUCGCGAAUCUCUCCAAACGAUUAAGGCCAAUGGAGAGGCUACUCUUGCCACUGGGGUGGAUAUCAAAAAGCUCUCUCGCAUUAUUAACCGGAUCCCGGUGGCCGAGAUCCGGGAGCGACGGCAGCGGCUGAAUACCUUUUAUGAGGAAAUGCUGGUGUCUGCCGACCCCGAGAAAGGGAUCUCUUUCCACUCCUGCCUGAUGAUCCUGGCUCACUACAAUGUCAUCAGUGACAGCAAGAGUCUGCGUCUAGAAGAAUUCCUGAGGCGUCGCGCGCGCCUCCAGCGUGUGGAAGAGGCUGUCCGCCGAAACACAGUCAUCGGCUUCUUUGAUACCCUGUACUGGUCCCGUGAAUUCCGGAAGGCGGUUGACCGCAAGAAGUCCAGCCGCAUGACUGCCAUCCCGCAGUUCACCGUGCCGGAGAUCUAUGUCGACGAUCCCGUCGAGGAGGAGGAAGAGACCGAGGGACACGCACCAGGCACAAGGACACCACCUAUUCUGUCCGACCCGGAUUCGCCCUUCACGCCCAUGCUGACCCCAACCUCGACGCACCGCCGGGCCGAGUCCAGUCCCACCGGUCGCCGAAGCGAUCUACCUCGCCUAGACACCCUGAUGACCGGGCGGGCCUCAGGUACAAGCUCCCCGACGGAAUGGUCCAGCAUUAGUCCGUCCCGCACCCCGCGCCGGCUGUAUGGAGAUGCGGCCCGGGUGUCCUUCGAAUCUGGCGACACGCGAGGCCCGCCGUCCAGCGCAGACCACUCGCGGCAGAACAGCGCCAUGAGUGUGUCGGAUGUCAUGCACUCGUUGGAUAACUCCGCCUGGGGCGAGAGUAUCCGACGCAGUUUCACGCAGCGCCGAUCUGGUGAUCGAUCGGCUGAGCCCUAG